CCCAUAACCAGGAUCGAUAGUCAGAGGAGGGCAUGUCAACGAAAAGAUUAAGUCAGAGGAGGGAGCCAAUGUAAACCUUGUCCAGCCUAAUAUUCCAUAUGGAUCCUAACAUGCCAUGUCCCCGGCUGAAACAUUCGAACGAACAUGGCAUGCUCCUUCAUUCUACCCCCGCUCCAUUUCAGCAUGCUCGUUAUAAAUUCAGAUCGGAUCGUAUCGAAGCAUCAAGACGAGGGAGAGGAGGAAGAAGAAGAAAGGAAAGAUACUACAUUAGUAUUCAAAUCAUUCUCGUUUGUUUUCCAAAUUAAGCCAAUCAGCCAUGGCGUCGUUGCCAUCUUCUUGUUGGCGUUCGGUGAUGUUGCUAUCGAUCCUGCUGGUAGCCAUGGAUCAGAUGGCCAUGGCAUCUCUAUCCGAUGACAUCGAGGUUGGGUGGGGACAGGAUCACAGCUUCUUCUACAAGGCUGGCACCGACGACAAACAGACCCUGGCGCUCUGCCUCGACGAGACCCACGGUUCGGGUUUCCACACAAAGGAAGCAUACCUCUACGCCCGCUUCGACAUCGACAUCAGGCUCGUCCCCAAAAACUCCGCCGGCACGGUCACCACGCUCUAUCUGUUCCCGGUGGAUGUGCCGUGGGAGAACCAUGACGAGGUGGACCUGGAGUUCCUCGGCAACGUCACCGGCGAGCCCUACACGCUGCACACCAACAUCUUCGUCAACGGCGUCGGCCACCGGGUGCAGCACUUCCGCCUCUGGUUCGACCCCGCCGCGGACUUCCACACAUACUCCAUCGAUUGGAACCCCAAGCGCAUCACGAUCCUGGUGGACGGCGUGCCGAUCCGGGUAUUCAAGAACCACGACAAGGACGGGGUGCCGUUCCCGUCGUGGCAGAAGAUGAAGCUGGAAGGGAGCCUGUGGAACGCCGACGACUGGGCGACGCAGGGCGGCCUCGUCAAGACGGACUGGUCGGCGGCGCCUUUCUUCGCCAACUACCGCAACCUCCGCGUGUCCUCGUGCCAGCCGUCGCCUGGCGUAGCCUGGUGCGGCGACGAGCCACCGGAGUCGACAUGGUUCGAGCAGGGCCUGGACACAGCGGCCAUGCAGAACGCGCGGGACACGCACAUGAUCUACGAUUACUGCAAGGAUGCCAAUCGGAAAGAGUUCCCCAAGGAAUGCACGUUGGAUUAGUGGCAUAUGAUUCUUUCGUAUUGAUAUUUCCUUGGCUCUGUACAUUUGUGUUUUGAUAUACUAGUAAUCACGCACGUGCAA